AUGGCGCUAUUAAAAUCUGUUUGGAUCAUGUCGUUGCUGGGGUCAGUACAGGUGGGCAGUGUUUGGGGCAAGAUCAAUGUUGGGCCGAAUUUCGAAUAUCCUAUUGAAGACCUCGACUAUGAUCUCCCCUUCUCCAACAUUGUCACCUUCGCACAUCUACCUUGGGAACGAUGCUUCAACCUCAAACACGACAGUGCCUUUGACAUCGCCGUCCUUGGCUUCCCUUUCGAUACCACUGUCAGCGUCAAGCCCGGCGCAAGAUACGGACCACGAGGCAUCAGGUCUGGAAGUACGAAAGAAAAGCCCGGCCGGACAUACAACGUCAACUACGGGCUCGACUGGCAUCAGAACUGGGCAAGGAUAAUCGAUUGUGGUGACGUGCCUGUCACACCAUAUGAUAAUGCGCGGCAAAGAGACAACUUUCCCACAGACACUAUUGACUUAUUUGAACCAGACGCAUACAAACAAAUGGAACAAGGCUACCGCAUGCUCCUCCACAAGCCCGUCACCCAAACCUCCUCCAGCCCACCGUCCCUCGACAAAGUCACACACCCACGCCUCAUCUCCAUGGGUGGCGACCACUCGAUCAUGCUCCCGAUCUUGCGGUCUCUCAAAUCCGUCUACGGCCCCAUCUCCGUCAUCCACUUUGACUCGCACCUCGACUCGCUCAACCCGACAAAGGGCUACAGCGGCGUCGUGUCGGAACAAUCGCAAUUCACCCACGGCACAUUCUUCUGGCACGCCGCGCAAGAAGGUUGCAUCGCCAACAGCUCUGUGCACGGCGGCCUGCGCACCAAACUCUUCUCGCCGGCCGACUACGCCAACGACGCCGAGGUGGGCUUCUCGCUGAUCCACGCCCGCGACAUCGACGACAUCGGCGUGCAGGGCAUUAUCGACAAGAUCCGCGCGGCGGUCGGGGAGUCGAUGGCUUAUAUUUCCGUGGACAUUGAUGUUUUGGAUCCCAGUGCAGCGCCAGCUACGGGGGCGCCAGAGGCCGGCGGGUGGACGACGAGGGAGUUCAAGCGGAUUCUGGAGGGGAUCAAGGACCUGAAUGUGGUGGGAGCCGAUGUGGUCGAGGUGGCGCCGGAUUAUGAUACCAAUGCUGAGAUUACUUCGAUUGCCGCGGCGGAUAUCAUUGUGGAUGUCAUUUCCGCCAUGGUGGAGAAGGGGCCAUUGGGGGGUUCUUCUGGGAGCAGUGGGAGAGAUGAGCUGUGA